UAAAAUAUUCACUUUAGGUUUCAAAAGUAGCAACACAAAAUCAAAUCAUUAAUUCUAGACCCCCUUUCUUCUUCACUCAUCCCAAAUUCGAAACCCUAAUUUCCCCAAUUGAGAAGCUUCAUUCAGCAAUUUCUUUCAUAAGUUUCGGGUUCUCAUGGAUCAAGAUGCUGCACGCACCGCAAGGGAAUCACUCGAGUUAGUCUUCCAGAUGUCAAACAUUCUUGACACAGGGUUAGACCGUCAAACCCUUUCGGUGCUCAUUGCCCUCUGUGACCUCGGUGUAAACCCUGAGGCACUUGCUGCAGUGGUCAAGGAGUUUCGUCGUGACCCGCCAAUAACCUCCUCAACACCAUCUAGUAACUAAUGUUUAUGUUAAUGUGAAGUCUUAUGUUGUUUCAGAAUUUCAGUUUUAUGUUUUCUGGUGUCAUUAUUAGUUGUUAACAUGUUAAAACAUUUAAACUGAUUAUAUGACGAUGGAAGUUCUCAAAUC